AUGAUUGAGGGAAUGGCGAAGGAUGGUGUUAUUGAACAUUCAUCUAGUCCAUGGUGUUCACAUGUGAUGCUGGAAAAGAAGAAGGACGGCAGGAUGCAGUUUCGUAUUGACUACCGCCGUCUGAACGACGUUACGAAGAAGGACAGCUAUCCUUUGCCAAGAACUGAUGACACGCUGGACAUGCUUACAGGCGUAAAGUGGUUGAGUACGCUGGACAAACACUUGAAAAGUGGCUACUGGCAGGUUGAAAUUGACACUAAGGACAAGGAGAAUACUGCAUUCUCCACAGGAAAGGAUCUGUGGCAAUUUAAAGUCAUGCCGGUUGGAUUGUGCAAUGCUCUAGCAACGUUUGAAAGGUUGAUGGAACUUGUACUUACCGGGCUAAUUGGCGAUGCCUGUCUGGUUUACUUGGAUGACAUCAUCAUCGUAGGCCGUACGUUUGAGGAACACCUUCAAAUCCUGGAACGCGUGCUCAUGAAGAUCCAGAGUGCCAACCUCAAGUUGAGCCCGAAGAAAUGCUUACUAUUCAAACGGCAAGUUAGCUUUUUGGGGUAUACAGUGUCGGAAGAAGGUAUCCGCACGGAUCCAGAGAAAAUUGCCGCUGUCAAGGAUUGGCCAGUUCCAAAAGACAAGGCACAGCUUAGAGCAUUUUUGGGUUUGUGCUCCUAUUAUCGGCGAUUUGUGAAGAACUUUGCAUAUAUAGUCAAACCUCUGCACAAGCUAACCGAGGAGAAGCGACAUUUAUGCUGGGAUGAAAGUUGCGAUAUCGCAUUCCUGGAGCUCAAGGACUGUUUGUGCAAAACACCUAUUUUGGGGUACCCUGAUGCGGGCAAGGAAUUUAUAGUUGACACAGACGCAAGUGAUAUAGGACUAGGCGGUGUGUUGUCUCAAGGGAAUGGUGAUCAAGAGGUUGUGAUAGCGUACUUCAGCAAGUCGUUGUCAAAGCCAGAAAGGAACUAUUGUGUCACAAGACGGGAAUUGCUUGCUGUGGUAAAGUCCUUGUAG